CUUCUCUGCGCUCUGGCAGUCUCAGCUCUUGCAAUCUUAAUUUUUUGUGAUUUUGUGACACGAAGAAUAAUAUUCAUCAUCGUUCAUCGUUUUCAUUAAAAUGAUUCCGUGAAGCAAAAAGAAGUUCUCUAAAUAAUAAUCCAAUUAUUGUGUAUCGAGGUUGUCAGAAAGCUGCUUGCAAAUUGUGUGGAUUUCCAUUCUCCCGGUGAUCGCUUCUGAUUACUAGUUUCGUCGUCGUGAAUUCCAUUUCUCUGAGUUGCUGGCCGAUAACAACAAACACGAAUGACGUGGAAGAGGAUCCAGAAGGAAAACAACUAGCCACUAAAUUCCUGCUUUAGGGCAGGUUUUAGCAUAAGUUAAAUAGCAAUUACUGUACGAUACAUACUAGUAAAGUACUAUUUAAGGCAUAAUCCAAAAUGUUCGAGAUAAGCGAUACGCAGAAAAUUGGCGUCGGACUGGCCGGAUUUGGAAUUGCAUUUCUUUUCCUGGGAGUGCUACUGUUGUUUGACAAAGGUUUACUAGCCAUAGGAAACAUUCUCUUCAUUUGCGGUCUUGCCUGUGUGAUAGGUCUGGAGCGAACGUUCCGGUUCUUUUUCCAAAAGCACAAGGUUAAGGCCUCCAUUGGGUUCUUCGGUGGAAUCGUGAUCGUUCUGCUCGGGUAUCCGUUGAUAGGCAUGCUCAUCGAAACGUACGGUUUCAUAUUGCUGUUUAGUGGAUUCUUCCCGGUCGCCAUCAAUUUCCUGCGGAGGGUACCCGUGUUAGGAAAUUUCUUAAAUAUGCCCGGUGUCAGCAAGGUUGUGGAUCGGCUGGCGGGAGACUCCAAUCGAACUACGGAUCUCUAGAGAGAAAAGUCAAAUAGGUCCAUGAUGGUAUGAUUCUCAAAGUUAUAUUUUGUAAUGCAAUAUGUAUGUCAUUUUUUCUGCAUGUAUCAACAUUUCAAAUCAUGAAGAUGUACAGCGUUUGGUGACAAUGGUUUAGAAAUUGUCAUCGCUCUAGAAGAUAAUCAGUCGGUUCGAAAACAAAAUCACUCUAAACUUUGUUAUGAUGAUGGGAAAUUAUUUUAAUAUCAUCUGAUAUCGAUAGGAUCUGAAGAAGUUUUGCAGAUUGGAUAAAACUAUUUGACACAUUUUAUACUACGAUCUACGGCUGCUAAUAUGUACUAUAAAAGAAACAAGCAGUUACGUGAAAGAAAUAAUUUGUCUAAAUGUUAUGCUUAAUUGGAAAUAUGAACGAAAAUGCUGAAAAUAAAA